GUCCUUUUUCUUCUCUCUUAAAGGAAAUGAAGAAGGGCCUUCAAAAUCAAAACAAAGCUUCUCAUUUUAUAACCAUCCUUUUAUUUAUUUCUUUUUCUUCUUUUUAAAUCUCUCUCUCUUUCUAUAAUGGAGUUGAAUGAAGAUUUGGGAUUUGGUGAAAAUCCAUUUAAUGGAAGCUUGAAAAGGCAUUGUUCUUCACAUUUGAUCAUGGAAACAAAUAGGGUGAUGAGAAGAGAAGGUGAUGAUCAUGAAGAUGAAUCAAAUGGUUCUUGUGGUUUCCAUAGAGAAAUAUUGUUCCCUACUAUGAACACUACUUGCCAACCCCCUACCAACAACAACAACUGUAAUGUCUUCUCUCCCAAUUCCACCUCUUACUAUAGCAACGAUAACGUUUUGGAUGUCGUUGAAAUUCUCGACGUUCAUCGUCAUCAUCAUCUGACUGUAAUGGCCGAGAGGAAACUAAGAAGAAUGAUAUCAAAUCGAGAAUCUGCAAGGAGGUCGCGAAUGAGAAAAAAGAAGCAAAUUGAAGAGUUGCAAUACCAGGUAGGACAAUUGGAAGUUUCGAACCGACAAUUAUCGGAAAAACUAAUACAGGUGGUAGAAUGCAACCAACAAAUCUUGCAUGAGAAUGCAGAACUGAAACGAAAAGUUUCUUCACUUCAAAUUAUUCUAACCGAUUUCUUGACUCCAUUGAGAAAUUGUGAAGAUGCUUUUGGGAACUCAAUUAUUAAAAAUCGAAGAGAUGAACCAAAUUCCUCCUAGGUAUAUCUUUAAUUUGCAUGAACAAGAAGAAGAAGAUCAGGAACUAUCAUAUAUAUCAAAUAUAUGUGUAUUUUCAUCAUCACUAGCUACCUACUUUUUAAAUCUAAAUUAUCCCAUCAGGAUAAUUACUUAACUUUUCUUUUCAUUGCUAUUUCUUUUCAAUGGGUUUCAGGUUCUUAUCUUUUUGUUUUUCUGAUCUUUAACAGUUGACUCGACAAAGGACAAGAUGCUUUAAUUCUCUCUAUUUUAUUCCUCCUUAAAACUU